UGGUGAUGGCAGGAGGAGGAGGAGGAGCAGGGACUCGUACUCGACGAGAGCCGUGAGUCCGCGAGGCUGCGCGGGGCACAGAGAGAGAGACGGAGAGAGAGAGAGACGGAGAGAGGGGGGGGGGCUCUGCUCGUGGUGUCAGCGGGGCGACGCUGAUCUCGCCGGCCAGGGCAGCUGCCUCUGCCUCCUCCUGCAGAACGCAGGCGGCCACGUGAGUUGCGUGGCCGGAGACGGAGCAGGCGAGCGAGCAAGAGAGGCGUGGGAGGGAGAGGGGUGGAUCAUGAUCGCCACGGGGGGAGUCCUGCGCGGCAUCGUCGCUACGCGCCACAGGCAGGAGGCGGCGAGCGGCGGGAGCCUCCGCUUGACUCUGCACCCGCAGAGCUCGUCCGAGCGCCGCGACUCGCAGCGCCGGCGCGCCAGGAGACAGCGGCGGGCGAGGCGCCUGGCCCGCCGGAGGCGGCCGGCGGACGCCGUGGUGGUGCGGGGCAAGGUGCAGAUGUGCUCCCUCUCCGGCGUCGUGGUGUGCCUGGGCCUCCUGGUGCUGCUCGUGGGCAUCACCAUGACGGUCAUGGGAUACUGGCCUCGCAGGAGGACUCCGGGGGCCGCCUUCGAACCUCCUGGAGAAGGGAACGGCUCCGCCUUCCAACAGCAGCAGCAGCUGUGGUGGCAGCAGCAGCAGCAUCAUCAGCAGCAGGAAGACCAGCAGCAGAAUCAGCAGCAGCAGGAAGACCAGCAGCAGAAUCAGCAGCAGCAGUUGAGGCUUCCGGCCCGUGGCUCCGUGGUCGCGUUCGUGGUGAGGCAUCUUCUGCACUCGGAGCGCAUGAAGCUGCUGGGGCCGCUGCUCAUGGGCGUGGGAAUCUUCGUGUUCAUCUGCGCCAACGCGGUGCUGCACGAGAACCGCGACCGCGAGACGCGCAUCAUCCACCUGCGGGACAUCUACUCCACCGUCAUCGACGUGAGCGUCAUGCACGCCAAGCAGGCGAGCGACGCGCUCUCGGGCUACGAGCCCUGGCAAGGGCAAGGGCCCGGGCAGCCACAGGAGGAGCAGCAGCAGCAGGAGGAGGAGAGGCAGAGCGACGGGCAGGGAGCAGGAGGAGGAGGAUUCGUCGUGCGGCGUGGUGGCUCGGGACAGGCCCUGGCUGGAGGUGUCGAUCUGAGCGCGCAACCACCGGGCAGCCGAAGCGAGGCGGCGGCGACGACGCCACGUGGGGGCCACGCGACGGCGCCACGUGGGGGCCACGCGACGGCGCCACGUGGGGGCCACGCGACGGCGCCGAGGCCGUUCGCCCAAAGCCUGGCGACCGCCUCCUUCCAGAGCUCCGUGGAGGCCGGGCUCUGGGCAGCACGCGGAGGGCGCGUGGAGGGGAGGGGGGCGAUCAGGCGAGGCGAGUGCGGAGCGCGCUCCAUCGUCUCGCCGUCGGUGAGCGCCUUCACGCUGCCCAUCAUCAAGCUCAACAACUGCGUCAUCGACGAGGGGGAGGCGGCCGAGCGCGCCGCCGCCGCUGCCGCCGGGGCUCCCCCGUCGCGGUCGUCGCCCUCGCUGGUGGAGCUGUCGAUGGUGCGCGCGUCCGCGGGCGCCUUCCUCCCCUCCCGCCCCGAGCGCCUCCUGCGCGGCCACCGCGGCGACGACGGCGGCAAGGGUGGCCACGGCGGCGAAGUCGAGCAGGAGGAGGAGGAGGAAGAGGAGGAGGAGAUGGGCUCGCAGGACAACCCCGAGGACGAGCUGCUCCACAGCCGCGCCGAGCAGAGGAGAGCGGCUCCCCCCUCUUCCACCUCCUCCUCCUCCGCGGAGUCGAGGGCGUCGCUCUCCCCAGCCGUCGCGUUCCUCGGGAAGCUGCUGUCGCCUGCCCUGGCCAGGAGGCGUCCCCCCCAUCCUCCUCCUCCUGCUGCUGCUGCCCUUGCUGCUGCUGCCCCUCAUGGCUUCUCGGACGCAGUGCGGUGCUCACGACGCAGAAGUUCGAGCGACAGAGACACGGGCAGCGGCAACAACGCGGCGAGCUCGGUGGUGUCCGGGCAGUCCAAGUCUCUGGACCUGUGCGAGCGAGACGCCUUCCACAUUUGCUCGGGCCAACCUCAAGAGCCCCACCAUCACCACCAGCAGCAGCAGAAGGUGAAGCACCCAAGCUGGCCACGCUUGCAAGAACGCGCUGCGUCUUGUGGUGGAGCGGCAGCAGAGGGAGGAGGAGGUGGACAAGGUGGUGGUAGCGGAGGAGGAGGUGGUGGUGGUGGUAGACGUGGUGGUGGUGGUGGUGGUAAGGCAUCGUCGGGGUACGUGAAGCUGCAAGGGGGCGACGCGUGGGCCGAGGACGACGCCGAGGACGACGCCGAGGCGGCUGGGUGGCGGGGCGCGUGCGAGCGCGGCCGCGGCAGCGGCGCGGCGGCGGCGAUGAGUCGCUCGCACAGCAACUUCAGCUUCGAGCUCGAGGAGACGGCGGCGCCGGGGAGGAGGGGAGGGGAGCGCGGCGACACCCCGGAGUCCACCUUCUGACGCGGAGCGGACUCGAAGCGACCCUCCACUCGCUCGCUCGCUCGCUCCGCGUGCGCGUUCACUCAUCCCGAAUUCUCGCGGGUGAUCCUUCCACCCCAGAGGUUUAUCCAGAGAGAGGGAGAGAGGUGACUGUGGGCUGCUGCGACGAAUUUGUAAAUCCCCGCACGAUUAACCGGAAGCGUAUUUGGCACUGAUCACAGCCCGUGGAGCUAAGGAGCUCUUGGUUGACCCCGAGCCCAACGCACGGCGACCCCCCCCACGUGCGCGGCCGACAUCCCUCCGCUCAGAUACAAGUCAAGUGUCAACGCGCUGCACGCGCACGAUGAUUGGUGAACACGUUUUUUAAAAACAGCGCCCCCAUUCAAACAUUGAAAUGGUAUUGCGUGUGUGUGUACGUGUGUGUGUAUACGUGGCCUCAAGGUGCACAUGGCCUGGCACAAGCGUCGUGGUGACGUCACCGCCACUUAGUGGCGAAUGUCGGUUGUUGUUGUGUACGCGCGUGUGUGUACGCGCGUGUGUGUACGUGUGUGUGUGUGUACGUGUGUGUGGGGAGCGGUAGUGUCGCGGUUAGUGCUACGCUGCGCUACGAACCCGGCAACGCGAGUUCGAUUCCCGCUAGGUCGACUCAGCCUCAAAUGAGUACCUGGUAAAGUGUGUAGACAUCGCCACUGGGGAGACAAAGGCGGCCGGAGUUGGUGCUGGCCACCCACCCCUCGUGUGCAGUGGCGGCCUUCAUAGGUGCUCGCUAACAGCACUUGCCCCAACAGUAUGUUAAGGCUGUACGGGGUAUCUUUGUGUCAGUAUGGACGAUUUGCUCCUUAAUUGUAAUUUAAGCCGAGAGCUCUCUGCGUCUUCACACGGAGACGAUGUUUACCAAUCAUCGGGCGUGCGCAGUGUGUACACCGCUCGCUUUUAGAGCCGUGCGCGGUUUGACCAAUACACAGCGAUCGGGGUCAGAGCCUUGAGGGGCGAGGCGUCUUGGCUCACGCGCGUCGAGAUGCCUCGUAUCGCCAGCGAGUCACCCCGAGUCACCCCGAAUCACUCGGUCGGAGUGAUCCACUCCGGCCGAGUGAUCCACUUUGGCCCCGUGGAUCAAACCCAAAUCAGAGGACAUCAUAUUUGCCUGUCGAGGAAAGUGAGGACGUAAAACUUAAGCGCGCUGCUGCUACAUUGAGGUUUUUAUUUAUUUGUAAGAUGCCAGCCAAUUACCGACGAGUCGUGUUUAAAGUUCACGUGGGUGGAGAGGAAACCGGAGCACCCGGAGACAACCCACGCCUUGCGCGAGGGGGCAACACUCUAUCCCCGAACAGAUGGAGACUCGUCCACUUGCUGUACCGCCUUCUCCUGGCGAGCCAGGGUACGGCUCCUCCUCUACGCCCACCCACGUGGUAGGAAGGGAGUUCCACAGCGACGUCUGUGCGGUGAUCCACCAACCCUCGUGCAGCAGCAGUCGCAGCGUAGCCACCACCGGCGCAGAUGAUGAUCGACGGACGAGGCUGGGGACGGAAUGACAGGCGAAGGAGGGGAAAGAUUUUCGGAAGAACGACCCCUGUGGAAGAAUGGAGCAACCGAAUUCGCUCGUGUAGCGAGUGAGACGAAUUGUGCCAUCGCAGAUCGCGAGGGGUGGCGAGAGGAUGGGCCCCGACUCAUGAUGAUGAUGAUGAUAGUGGUGGUGGUGGUGUGUCUGUAUGUAUAUGUUCGUAUGUGUGUAUAACGGAGGACCUGUGGCGCAGCGGUUAGCGCACUGCGUUACGAAGCCGGCGACCCGAGUUCGAUUUUCUGCUCACGGCCAACAUCGGAAACGAAUAUCGGAAUCAGUCCUGGGCCGCCCCGAGAUCGACUCAGCCUUAAACGGGUACCUGGUGUGUACAGCAUUUGCACUGGGGAGACAAAUGCGGCCGGGCGUGUUGCUGCUAGCCACCCACCCUCUCGUGCGCCGUUCCGGCCUUAAGAGGCGCUCGCUCACAGCACUUGUCCCAGCCAGUCAGACGAAGGCCAGGACCUUGUCUUUGUAUGCGUGCGUGUGUAGUCCACGUGCGUAGAGUCUACGUGGGCCUACGUGUGUAGAGUCUAUGUGCGUAGUCUACGUGUGUAGAAUCUACGUGUGUAGAGUCUAUGUGUGUAGAGUCUACGUGUGCAGACUCUACGUGCGUGGUCGCUCUGGAGCGGUGGUAUUGGGGCAUUGCAGGACCGGGAGGGAGGAGGCGGCCUUCAUCCAGCAGUGGAUGAUGGGCCAUGUGGAUGAUGGGCCAUGAGUCGUGAUACUGCUGCUGACAAUGACGGGGAGGCAUUCAUCCAGCAGCAGAUAUACCAUAGACGAGGAUGGCGAUGUUGAACAAACUAUGACAAAUUGCGUCCUUAAAGUUCAUAUAGAAUGUAUUAAUCUUCGUAACAAUGUUGAUGAUCAUGAUGAUGGAGAUGCUGAUGAUGCUGAUGCUCGUGAUGUUGAUGGUAGUUUAUGAUGCUAAUGAUGACGAUAAUGAUGCUAAUGAUGACGAUAAUGAUGCUAAUGAUGACGAUAAUGAUGCUAAUGAUGACGAUAAUGAUGCUAAUGAUGACGAUAUUUGAUGCUAAUGAUGACGAUAUUUGAUGCUAAUGAUGACGAUAAUGAUGCUAAUGAUGACGAUAAUGAUGCUAAUGAUGACGAUAAUGAUGCUAAUGAUGACGAUAAUGAUGCUGAGGAUGGUGAUAAUGACGAUGUUGUUGAUGUUGUCGAUGUUGAUGGUGUUGAUGUUGGUGAUGUUGAUGAUGAUGAUGUGCAUUGCAGUGUUAAGCAAAACAAUUAUCGCCCUAACCCUUUGUGCCUGUUGUGCGCACAAUAGGCGACGUUUCGGGCAAUGAACCUUUCCUUCUGCGAUGGGCCAUAUGAUGCACUGUGAAGAAGGGCCGUUACCCGAACCGUCACCUAUUUCAUGUUUCCCUUUUAAGGCCAGUGUUAUUGAAUGACGUGUUUCGUUGUUUUUAUAUGAGUACAAUCUAUAUUGGGUACAGUAAUUUGAACA